UCAGAACUAAACUUAAAGAGAUUGUUUUUUUUGGCUUACAGAUGUUCUGUGUAUUUUUACUAAGUAGCAAAAAAAAAGAGCACAUAUUUAGUAGCAAGAUGAUAUUUGAAUUGAAAAGAACUAAUUUAUGCAUCAUAAUUAUUUACACCAUAAUAGUUAGAGGAAAUCUGUUUAACAUUUGUUAUUUUUUUGUGUUUGAAAUUUUGCACACCCCAUAUGACAUUUUUACUGUUAAAAAAAUCAAACAUAAACUUUAAAGCAUCUUAAUUACAUUCAUCCAUACAUGCAUUUUCUUAUCAGACAAGGAUAAUGAGUAACUUUAUGAAGAAGGCUGCCUCAGUUCUGGGAGUUGGUCUGGAGUUUCUAGAGCUGAUUGUGCUGUAAAGAAAUAUUUGAAAUGAAAAACAUCAUAGAGAACCAUAAAGGCAUCUUCUUUGCAACACAACAAUCUAGCAAUAGAGAGUCUUCAGUGAUAUGCAUCUUCAAAUCUAAUUAAGGACAGGCUGCUGUUGCAAAAGAACCUUGAAUAAUAAGGAUUAUUAAAUCAUCAAAUUUUAUAUUGGGAUCAGUGAAAUAUUAUUGAAUUAAAUUAAAUUGAACCAAAUUGAAUGAACGUGCUUGGUGUGUCUCGGACGUCGGAACUCAGAUCAAGAAAUUAAGCCUCCCCCUCUAGGUUGCAAGCCAGAAAAUGAAAAGCAGUGGGUUCAUCAAUUGUUGUGCUGCUACUGCUAAAAAAAAUACACUGAUAACAACAUUUGUUUUUUAUGUUUCAAUUCAAACUCUACAAUGAAUAUGAUUUCAAAUAAAUAUUGUGCAGCACGGACGCCACAGAUUUAAUUGUUUAGAUGGGCUUCUUUCAAUACAUUUCGUAUGCAUGGGAGUCGACUCAUACUAGAUAUUGGCUGGACGGUAAGAUGAGGCUUGUUGGAAAGCUUUUGAAUUCCCAGUCAGAAUUUGGACCUCGUGGACAUUUCUCAGAAACUCUGACUUCAGAGUAUACAUAAAAAAAAACACCAAGAUCAUUGUUUGUGUAAAUAAAACAAAGAAACAAUGCAGCAGAAAACCUCUGCUUUCCAAAACGCCGGGGCUUUACAAUCGAAGCAACAUGCAUAAUUAUAAAAAAAUAAAUUAUAUUGCUAUCAUUCUUGAUUGAUGUAGAAUGUUUUACAUUUUAUUAUUACUGAUUAAUCAGCUGCAUCUUUAACAAGUGUUUCUCAUUUUUACCACUGGAAAACAUUUGAAACUAUUUUUGAAUGUACUGAAUUGUCUCAGUCAAUGUUUUAGCAGCCUAUUUUCCCUUCAAGGCUUCUAAUAAAUUAAAAAUAUUCAAAGCUUAUAACAUUAGCAUCCUGUUUUUAAAAAGUGCUCAUCAAGCACUUUGUUUUUAUUCCGUCAGUCAUUAUGACGUUCCCUAUCUAGGCUGCUGUGUAAUCUUAUUGUCAUGAUCCAAAGUCCAAAUGUUGCAACAACGUGCUGCAACUUCAACAGCGGAAACCACUGAAAAGGAUUUCUCUGGAUAAGGAUUUUUAAACUAAGGACUACGAACUAAACAAAGAUGGCAGCUCACUAGAGCAGGAACUGAUCCACUGCUACAACAGUAUGGUGAAGAGAGUCCUAGUAGCCUACGCCCUGUGGGCGAUGGGUGGGCCUUUGGGUCUUCACCAUCUCUACUUAGGGAGAGACAGCCAUGCUCUGCUGUGGAUGCUAACUCUGGGAGGUUUUGGCUUUGGCUGGGCAAGAGAGUUCAUACGUAUUCCAGCUUACGUCAGCGAGGCUAAUCGAGAUACAGAAAAAGAAAGAUGGCCGCCCAAAGAGGGACUCCCACCUGCCAGCCCCUUCAGAUUUGCUGGGCAGGUGUGUGUUGGGAUCUACUUUGGCAUGGUGGCUCUCAUUGGACUAAACUCCCUCAGUUUCUUCUACUUGAUCGUUCUGCCCCUAAGCGUGGGCGCAGGGGUUCACUUGGUGUCCAAUGUUGGUCAACAGACUGCAGAUCUCCAAAAAACCCUCACUGCCUGUCUUGUGACAUCACCGAUAUUCUACGGCAGCUCUCUCUCACCUCUUCCUAUAAGCUUGGCUGCUAGCAUCACUGCUGCACAGCACCGCAGGUUCAAACCUCCGAAAGCCCCUGGCACCCAGCAGAAACUAGGUCCACGGCUUUACAGGAUUGGUCUAGCUUGGCUUGCCUUCUCUGCUCCACUGGGUUAUUGUUUUUUUUACAACACUACGGCCACACUGUAUUACCUGUCUGACUCAAUAGCUGCACUGCUGGAUAUUUUCUGGUUCCUGCCUUGGCUCAGAAGUGUGCUGGAAUAUUUUCUUUUAAUACCGUACCGCAUCCUGUGUGCACUGACUGGAGGGGGGUACCACGAAGACGCUUGGAGGAAGGUGCUGGAAAUACUGCUGAAAGAGUACACACACAGAGAAAAAGAGGCGCUAAAGGUGUUGUCAUUGGAGACAGAGGCGUCUCUGGAGGAAAUAACUCGAAGCUACAGGGAGCUGGCCAAGACAUGGCAUCCAGACCACAACCCUAACAACGAUGCUGAGAAAAUGUUCAUGAAGGUCCAGGAAGCUUAUGAGGUCUUGAUGCGAUGGCACAAACCCCAAAGGUUCAAAUAGUGGUGCUAUUUUUCUUACAGAUUGGCCAUCAUUGAGUGUCAUUUAAAAAAAAAAAAAACUGUUUGUGGAUAUGUGACAAAUCAUUUGUAUAUGUCUUAUGUAUAUGUCUUGUUUAUUUAGCAUCUUCAGUUGGUUUCAGAUACAUUUUGCAGGGUUUGCAGGACAUGUUAUUAUGUUGAUAUGCAUUUCUUAAGCAAGGUUUGAGUGCUCUUUGUUUGUUUCGAAAAUACAUCACCAUCAUCAAUCCUUGUGGACUGACGGAACAAGAAAAAGUGUCUAAAACAUCAAUGUCCACUGUUGCAUUUGCUGCCAUCCGGGCAAAUUGACCUGUCUCUACAUCGUCCAUGCGUUUGGAAAUUUGGUUGUUUUUAUUUUUAAUAAGCAGGCAGCUUCACAUGUUCCAUUGGAUUGGGAUGGCACCAAACAUUCUAACUUCAUCUUCAUGUUCUACAUGCAGAUUCACAUUUGGGCCUUUUUCUGCAUGUAAAUCCCAUUUCAUCCUCAUUAUUCCUUACAGUUCUGUGUCCUGAAAAGAAGUGUGCUUUGAAAUCUACCUUGAUGUAUUUGUUUUAUUAUUAUUUUAUUUUUAGACCUUUCUAAUUUGGUAAGAUUUAGGCUGUAGGUAAAGUUAAAUGAGAAAACUCAACCCAUUUUUCCACGUCUUGUGUUCUUUUGCCUUUCCUCCUACAGCUAAAACAAUGCAUGUUAUGUUAAUUGCAGGUUCUAAAUUGCACUAAGGUGUGAAUGCAGAUAUGAAUGGCUGUUUGUGACACUUGUCUCUAUUAUGGCCUGUGAAGGACUUGUCAAUUGUACAUGUUGUGUUCUUGUAUGUCUACAAUUGCCUAGCGGACAUAGAAACCAGCUCCCCUGUGACACUGAACGUAACAUAAAGCAAGUCAAUAAAUGGAUGGAUACAUUUUUCAUAUGGCAUGAUCUCUUGAUGGAAUUAUGUUUCCUGUCAGUCAGAGAGAUGCAACACCUUGUAUGGCCUCCUAUCAUUCUCUUUUAACUUCACACUCAUUUGAAGACUUGUGCAGGUAUUUGUUUCAGAAGUGCAAAAGAUAAGAUAAUUAUUUAAUUCUAUUGCUUCGCGGGGUGAUUUAAAAAUGUUUUCUCCAUCAGAUUUCAAAAUAGAGCAGAAAUGUCAGAUCAAUUAUUUGGACCUAUGUUUGUACAAAGCCAUGCUGUUUAAAUGUAUUUCUGUAAUUAAUAUUUUCCUCAAAACCUAAACAUCAUCCAAUUCAUAACAAAAUUGUACUUUGCCUAAUGCAAUAGAAUUUUACACCUGUUUGAUUGCGUCAAAAACAACAAUUUGCUGCCAUCUUGUGGUACAAAUGUAAUAUUAAAAGCAACAACGUCAUUACUAAUUUUUACCGGCUGUCAUAGUCAUGUAUCAGCACGUACUAUAUAUGUUUUCUUAUAAGUGUUUAUAAUGAUGAAGACAAGUGCAAAUAAUAAAAACAAUCAUACUCA